AUGACACGUAUCAUCCGAGUUGCUAUCCUGGAGACUGACACUCCCAUCGACCCCGUCCUUGAUCGCUAUGGGACCUACGGCGCGAUUUUCAACCGUUGGUUGAACAAAGGGCUCCAAGGGCUUGGAGUCACUGAUACCGAGAUUCAAACAACCAAUUGGGAUGUAGUGAACCAAUCUGUAUAUCCCAAGCUGGAGGACUUCGACGCACUGUUGAUGACCGGCAGCAAACACGAUGCGUAUGCAGACGUACCAUGGAUGAAUGAGUUGACGAAAUACGUCCAUGACAUACACGAGCAGCACAAGAAGCCCAUUAUCGGUAUAUGUUUUGGACACCAGAUUCUCGCGCGUGCUCUCGGGGCACGCGUCGCCCGGAACGAUGAGGGCUGGGAGGUCUCGGUCGAACCAUUCCAAUUAAGUGAUACUGGGAAGCAGCUGUUCUCAAAGGAGUCAUUGAAUAUACAUCAAAUGCACACGGAUAUUGUGUACGACGUUCCGCCAGGAUUCGUCAAUCUUGGGUCUAGCCCACGAUGCAAGGUUCAGGGGCUAUAUAUGCCACAGCGUGUUCUGACUCUACAAGGUCAUCCGGAGUAUGAUGAGUUUGUGACGACGGAGUUGAUCAAGCUUCGACACGCGAUAGGACGCUUCGAUGACGAGCUCGCUAAAGAUGGAUUAUCGAGAGUCGGGAACCAGCACGAUGGUGAGCUUAUUGCGAGGAUGGCAAACCAAAUUCGCACACUCUCCCCUGCCACAAACAAAGUCAUUUUCGAGCACCCGGGGACUUCCCUCGACGAAGCUCGGGCUAUUGCACAAGCCUCGGACAAUGCCUUCCAGUCCUACAAGCAGCUCUCUCUUGCUGAGCGGAAGGCGAUCAUUAUCAAGGCAUUGAACAUAGUGGAUGCCAACAAAGAAACACUUGCCAAUGAGCUCACGGCUCAAAUGGGCCGCCCUAUCGCCUACUGCACAAAGGAGAUUGACACCAUGCGCAAACGCGCAGAUUACCUCCUCAGUAUUGCAGAUGACAGCCUGAAGAAUCUUCCUGGACAGGCAGAGAGCGGUUUCAGACGGUUCCUGAAGAAGGAACCCCUUGGCGUCACGUUGAUUUCAACUGCGUGGAAUUACCCGUAUCUGAUCACAGUGAACACUCUUCUGCCGGCUCUCCUCGCCGGAAACACGGUUCUUCUCCGCACAUCUCCCCAAACUCCCCUCCUCGGUGAACGGCUCGUAUCAUACUUCCAGGAAGCUGGGCUACCCACUAACGUCCUCCAACUCCUCCACGUCGGCUCCCUCGACGUCCUUGACGAAAUAGUCAAGCUUCCCCAGAUCAAGCUCGUUUCCUUCACCGGCUCUACGGCUGGUGGCAUCCGCCUGCGUGAAGCAACGGCGCGCCGUGUCGUCCCUGUGAAUCUCGAACUAGGAGGUAAUGACCCAGCAUACGUCCGACCAGAUGCGGAUAUAGCCUACGUCGCCGCACAGGUUGUCGACGGGGCCGUCUUCAACUCAGGACAGAGCUGUUGCUCGAUUGAACGUGUUUACGUUCACGCAGAUGUCUACGACAGCUUCAUUACCGAAGCACAGAAGGAACUGAGCACAUAUAAGCUCGGUGACCCCACUGACAAAAACACCACAACCGGGCCUGUGAUCUCCAAGCAGUCUCUGAAGAAUAUCCAGUCCCACAUCGACGAUGCACUAUCCAAAGGGGCUAUUGACUCCACACCUGCCAAUGCCACAUUUACGUCUUUGCCCGCUGAAGGGAACUAUAUUGCUCCUAAGCUCCUUACUAACGUCACACAUGAUAUGGUCACCAUGCGCGAAGAGACCUUCGGUCCUGUCAUCCCUGUCAUGAAAGUUUCUUCUGAUGAGGAGGCCGUUGCGCUCAUGAACGACAGUGACUACGGUCUUACUGCUAGUGUAUGGACGAAGAAUAUCAAGGCGGGAGAGGCUUUGAUUGAGAAGAUCGAUGCGGGUACUGUGUAUAUCAACCGCUGUGAUUACCCGAGUCCGGAUCUGGCCUGGAUUGGAUGGAAGAACUCCGGCCUUGGAUGCACGUUGGGACCACACGCGUUUGAUGGAUUUUAUAAGUUGAAGAGCUUCCAUAUCAAGGAGGAGCAGUCUUAG